AGAACUGACGCCAGUAGCAAAGCGAAUCAGAAGUCUAGGUAUCUAUAUUCAGAGGCCUAAAGAGUUACUCGCUUGCGAAAACCUCAUUUCGCUCAUUUCUUAAUUUUACCAACGGCAUUACGACAUCGAAGUUUUUACUUCCAAUUAGUAACUGACGACUCGUGUGACGGCUUUGCAAGAGAUAUAGCUCCUGCAAACCUGUGUUCGCGUGAAUUAGUAUUGUUCAUAAAAUGUUGGUUACAAGAUUAAUUAGCAACAUACAUUCUGCUUGAAAAUAAAGAACCUUAAUUAAAUCGCCCCGAAGAGCAUCUUUUCACACUGAUUGCAAAAAAUGCUGUUUUCGUGCGUGCUUGGAAAAAAAAGUUAGGAUCACGAAAAUAUGACAAUUGUUUUUUUCUCCUGGAUGAUUUUAAUUAUUGUAUUUCCUUCCGCUUAUUUUACAUAUUAAGAAUAAUUUUAUUCAAAUGAAGGCUUUUUAUCGAACAACACGACAGAACUUCCUUAAUUUCAAGGCUAAAUAGUAGAAACAAGCUUAAAAACGCCGACACUUACACCAACACGAAUAUCAGUGAUAACAAAACACGGCAAAAUUUAACCUGAUUAAAUUUGUGAAACCGUAAAAUGAUGCGGGCGCUGUUGGUGAAAAAAAUGAAAAUGAUAAGUUCAAAUCUUGUUGCGAUGUUGCGAUAUAAUUCACCACUUCAUGAUUUUCAAAGUGUUAAUUUAGAAGGCGUGUUGGGAAUGUUAGAAAAAAAACCAACUACUAUGCCCAAAAAGCAUUUAAUAGCGUAAUUUUCUUUGCACGGAAUGCUUCCUUUUCUUUUUCGAUGGGAUUGCACUGUUUUCUCGCUUUCAACAGCUGCAUACUAAAAUUGACCAAUUUAAAUUGGCGCUUAGUCGAAAGUGUGAAAACCGCACCGCAGCAUUGGAAAGACAAUAACCUGUAUAUCCCUCGCUCUUGUAAUGUAUUCUGUUCCCCCGGAUAUCACUUCAUUUAAAAGUCCUAAUAUUUGAGAAAAGUAGAGCCAGGAGCACCUUCCCCAAGUGCAAAACAAUACAAUUUGAUCGGUAAGCCAUACGAAAGUAUAAUCAACAUCAAAAGCAAUUUUCUCUGAGGUAAAUUUAUUCCACCAGGUAUAUUGAUUACUUAACAAAUAACGCCAGAAAAGCUUUCCUUCGUCGUUAGCGAAUCUUCUCUUUGCGGGUGAUGGAUUGCCCUGGCCGCAGUAGGAUCCCAGUAAUUGAAAAACAACACCAUCAACUCGUACCGCGCAUUUGAGCAUUGUUCAUAAAAAAUGACCGAAUUAUAAGAGUGUUAGGAAAAGGACCUGUUCAGAUUGUAGUAAACACCAAAUGUAUAUCAUGUUUGUGUACAGUCGGGCUUCAGGAAAAUAGAUUGCGCGUGAUAUGAGAGCAGUGAGCGAGCAGCCGAAUACUCGAGUGCAAGUACAACAAUGAUAUUCACCGACAGCAAUUGAUUAUUUGGAACUGGUGGAGCUAUCAUCAAUCGUACUCAUGAAAAAAUAAAUGAUUUUUAUUAACCACAAGGGUAAGCAAUAUCCGAGAUAAGAAAGAAACUCUCUUUAUUAAACAGCUUGUCAGGAGAAGCUUCAUCACAGCAAAACAGCAGCGACAGGAAGGUGAAACUCGACCCUGGAGUCAAGGACCCCAAAAUGGCUGACGAAAGAUUUUCGCCAAGGGUUGUCAUUCCACUGAGUAUCCUGUCGGUGAGCACCAUAGUAACAAACACGAUGGUCUGUUUGUUGGUGUACAAGGUGAAAUCGAUGAGAAACUACACAAACGGAUUUGUAGUUUCAUUGGCGAUCUCUGACAUCUUGACAGGCGUCUCCAUGUUUAUCCAAUAUAACGCUGAACUUCAUGUGUGGUCAAAAGCUACCCUCAAUGUCCUGUACGCCGUGGUGCUCUUCGUAGGAGCAGCAAACCUUUGUGCAGUGACUUAUGACAGAUAUUUGGCGAUUUUGUAUCCAUUUUCGUACACGGAGACAAUAUCUAAAGUUUUCAAAAUCCUGGUUCCGGCAAUUUGGGUUUUUUCAGUAGUCGUCGCUUGUAUACCUCUCACUUGGAAAGGAAAUACCCAACUUCUCAACACCAAGAUUUACAUCUGCCUCGUGCUUGUUAUUUGCAUAGCUCUUCCUUAUAUUUUAAUAGUCUAUGCAAAUUACAAGAUAUUUCGGUUGGUCAGGCAAUGUGUGCGGCGAGAGAGAGAGCUCAGUAUCUCUUCGCAUAACACCAAAGCGGAACUGAAAAACGGCGUGAGGAAAGUAUCCUCUGAGGCGAAGGUGGCAAGAGUCUUCGCCAUCGCAUCGUUAAUGUUUGUGUUAAGCUACUUUCCAACUUUGUUUUACACUGCAGCGGCUGCUUUUGGUCAUGGUGAAGUUGUUCCAGGCCUUUUAAUAGAUUUCUCACCUUUCUGUGUGGUGUUUGGAUCUCUUGUCAAUCCAAUCUUGUACUCGUUCAUGAAGCCAGAUUUUCGAAGGGCCCUUAAGAAAAUUCUAACUGGACAGCGAGCACACCUGAACGCAAGAAGAUCUCAAAGGUCUUCGACGCCGAGUAUUGGUGACACAAACACCACGCCUUUUGUGCCAAAGAAAAUCAAGAAAAAGUCUCGAAUGGACGAAGUAUUAGAUGAUGGUGACGAGCCCUGUGCGAGUCUGACUGCGAGGAUUUUGCAACUGGAUUACAGCAAUCAGUCAAAACAAGGCGAAGAAACGCAACUUAACGUAUCACCAGUUUGACCAAAGAGGAAUCGAUCAUCCGGCUUUAUAUCUUUCCAAAAAAUGCUGGUGAAGAUAGUAAAUUGACAUUUAGCUUUACAUUAAUCUGCAUGAAAAAUACAACGAUCUGUCUUCAGAAAACAAAGACAACUUUAAAUGAAACCCUUCGCGAGUCAUAUAUAAUACUACGUCUACGAAACAGUAAUUUUAAGGAAACUAAGUCUUAAAAUUACAACAUUACCAAGAGAGGAAGAAAGGUCGCAUGGUAAACCCUCUCAAGUUAUUUUUAAUGUUGUAUCGAUUUUCCGUACGUAUAAUGUUACUGAGCGUUCUGUAGAUAUUUUUGAAGAGGCGCACUGUUUACGUGAGUAAACUUUGCGUCACGGGAUUGGCUAUUUCUAAACCCUCCUAGGAUUUCUGAAGCUGGGAGUGAUCUAAAAAUAAUUAGAGAGGGAUUACCUUGGUAUUAAGGUAUAAAUGAGGGAUUAACUCUCUUACCCUUCAUCCUCUCUUGGUCCUAUUAAUGCAAGUGGCUGUUAAGGACGUUCGCGCUAAUUGUUUCUGCGCAUCCUUACUGCGCGCGCAAAUUCAUACGCCACGUUAUGCAUCGAGCGCGCGCGCUAAGUACUAAAACGAACAAUGAUAGGGUUGAUGGCCAUUGCUAUAGCUUUGCUUGGAUUUAACGAUCUUGGACGUUCGGUGAUCCCCACUUUUGUUUCUAGAAAUAGAUUCCAUUUACAAUUAUCUCCACAUUAUCCAAAAAUGAACAAAAAAAAUCAAUGUGGGAAGUAAAAAAAAAGAAAAAAAAAAAAAAUUAAACAUUUCUGUCCAAGGGAAAUCGAAUCCUGCCAUUUUGUGGCUGUAAGGCGCGUGAAACUAUGGUCGCUAAAUGCUUUAAGGAACCUCGCCAGUUGACUAAAUUCACUUAAU